AUGAGGAGACACGCGGUAACUCACAGCUGGCUGCUCCUAAAGAAGGAAAUGGGGCUGUACCAACUCUCCAAGGAAAUCAUUAUGAUGAUCCGAGUGUGUAAAAUGUUUCGCCAAGGCCUCCGGGGAUUCCGGGAAUAUCAGAUCAUCGAGACUGCUCACAGAAAGCACCCAAUCUUCUCCUUCUGGGAUAAAAAGAAGCAGGGCCGAAUCACAUUUGAUACCAUGAAAUUCGUUGCAGAAGAGGGUCACUUUCCUCCAAGGGCCAUUGAGAUUACGCGGAAGAAGCCUGCAUGGAGAAAAGAGGAAGAGAUCCAAGACCUGUGUAACAUCUUGCAGGCUCUGGAUAUCUUCAGGAGCUACAGUGAGGCCCUGCAGGUGCUCCUGGCCAAAGUUAUACGCUUUGAACGGUUUGGUCGUAGACGUGUGAUCAUCAAGAGGGGGCAGAAGGGCAACAGCUUUUAUUUCAUCUACCUGGGCAAGGUUGCAGUAACCGAGGACGAGGAUGGCAGCAGUGCUUUCCUGGACCCCCAUCCAACAGUGAUGCAAAAGGGCUGCUCCUUUGGGGAAAUGGCUCUCCUGCAUGCUUCAGUAAGGAGGACCACUGUGGUCUGUAUGGAAGAAACAGAGUUCUUGGUUGUCGACAAGGAGGAUUUCUUUGCUAGUAAGCUGGACCUAGAAGUUGAAAGGGAGGCUACAUAUCGGUUUGAAUUUUUUAGGAAGAUGGAUCUAUUUCAGUCCUGGUCCGAAGAGAAGCUCUGGCAGCUGGUAACCAUGGGAAGGGUGGAGAAGUUCUCCUUUGGCCAGCUGAUCUCAAAAGACUAUGUAGAGUCGGCCACCAUUAUAUUUAUCUGCAAGGGCAGCUGUGAAGUCUUACGACUGAUAGACCUUGGAGACUCGCCUUCCUACCAUAAGUGGAUCUGGCAGCAUCUGGAGUUUCAAUACAGAAAACAUUGGACGACCCACUUCUUUGAACCCUCUCCGAUGGAGAGAUUUAAGGAAUUCCAGAUCAAAUCAUUUCCUACACAAGACUUCAGUGCUUUGAAACUUCUGCAUCUCCGGAAAGCCUGGAAGAAACAGGGAACCAACUUAAGUAUGAAUCAAACCACAAUGACUGAUCUUCCAAAGACCUUUGGCUCGAAAAUCAAAUCUAAACAUUCUCAUUCGGUCAAAUACCCUGUGAUUGAUUCCAAGUCUGGUCGGCUUGCCAGAAAGGCUGCAGUGGGGAUCUACAUGAAAAUCCAUAAUGUGGAACAAGGAGAAAUUGUGGUAAGUAUGCACCAAGGAUUCCUUCCAAUAAGAGAGUCAAACACCUCUUCCCUUACUGCGGUCUCAGAAGGAAAUAAGCUGGUGUUGACGAGAGGCCAGGUCAGAUGGGUGGAGGACUAAGAGGAACUGAUGUGGAAACCUCAGCAUCUCUGUCUGCCCUUUAGUGAUGAAGAGCUAUGCCAGAAUUUCCUGCAAGAGAACAGCUGGACUAUCUUUCGGAAAGACCUGGUUCGGCUGCUGGUGGAGCCUCGACUUUGUCCACCAUUGGCCCCAAAACAGCCCAAGAAGGGACAGCGCAGCAAUCUUAAGUCUGUGACCCUGAAUUUGUCUGCCCUUGAAAAGAAUAAACCUAACCACGCUGUUUUUAUGGCACCCCAGAAUUACCUCCCCCCAUUGAGGAUAGUCCAACGAAUAACACCACCCUGAUCCAAAAUCCAAGAACUCUUGCCUCAGUAUAAGAAUGCAGGGGUCCUUGUUUACAAACAAUAA